UUGUCUUUCACUUGUCUAUGGUUGUAAAAUCAAAAUAAAAUAGAUUUGCUUGUACGUGUGAUUUCAUGAGAUAUAAAGUUGUAUUUGAUCUAUAAAUUUUCAUCAAAACCUCAUCGGAACUAGCAAGUAACUGUUCGAAACAGCUUAGCUAUUAUACAAUUACUCUGGACAUCCUAUUAAAGUUAAAACUACGUUCGAAAAUGAGCCUACAAAAAGCCAGAAUUAAAGCUUUUGAAGACUUUUUGAAAAAAGAUGUGAUUAACAUUGAUCAACUGCAGAAAUUGGCAUUUAAUGGGGUGCCAGAAGAAAAAGGGUUGCGUUCACUUGUCUGGAAAAUAUUGCUUCAUUACUUGCCUGAAGAAAAAGAUGCGUGGCAGAGCACAUUGCUAAAGAAACGUCAACUUUAUCAACAAUUUAUAGAUGAGAUCAUAGUAUCCCCCGGCGGGCCGAGUGAUCAUCCUUUAAAUAUUAAUCCAGACAGUUCAUGGAGCAUAUACUUUAAGGACAAUGAAGUUCUUUUACAAAUAGAUAAGGAUGUUAGAAGACUGUGCCCUGAUAUCAACUUCUUUCAAUCAGCCACUGAGUUUCCUUGUUUCGAAAUUGUGAACAGUAAUGGUGUGAAAAGACUACAUAAGCGAGUUGAGCAAUCUAUGUUAAGUUAUUCAACACUUGAAAGAAGAGGACUUGGUGUAUCUAAGCUGAGCAAUGAAAUCCGUCGAUCCAGCAGUGUCACAAGCGGGGACUACACACCGUUGAAUGAAGGUAGUGAAGCACAUUGGGAAGUCGUGGAGCGAAUGUUGUUCCUCUACGCCAAACUGAACCCUGGUCAAGGUUACGUUCAGGGCAUGAAUGAGAUCAUCGGCCCCAUCUACCACACAUUUGCGUCCAAUACCGAUGUAGAAUACCGCAAGCACGCGGAAGCGGAUUGUUUCUUUUGCUUCACGAACCUAAUGGCGGAAAUUCGCGAUUUCUUCAUACGCACGCUGGACGAAACAGAGAGCGGCAUCAAUUAUAUGAUGAUGAAGUUGUGCGAGUGUGUGAAGAAACACGAUCCCGAAGUAUCAGAACGUCUGGAGAAGCAAGAGCUCAGACCACAGUAUUAUAGCUUUAGGUGGUUGACCUUGCUGUUAUCACAAGAAUUUUCGUUGCCAGAUGUGGAGAGAAUCUGGGACUCUCUCUUUGCUGAUUCGCAGCGGUUCAACUUUCUUAUAUACAUUUGUUGUGCCAUGAUUUUAUUAGUAAGAAAAAACUUGUUAAGCGGCGAUUUCGCGUCAAACGUUAAGUUACUGCAGAGUUUCCCACCGAUGGAUGUGUCAUUAAUACUAAACAAAGCUGUGGAAAUCUCUAGAUCGUAGAGGAAAUGAAUUUCAUAAGUACAUAUCAUUGUUAUAAGUUGUACUGUUUUAUGUGUCCAUGUACCUAUAGGCUAAGGUCAAUGUGUGAACAGUAUAUUACGUAAUAAUUGGUAAAGUCGUAAAUUCGCAUAUCCUGCCAAGUGGCGGCUUAGGUACUGUCAUUAUAAAAUGUCAUAGGUGGCAUCUUCUUUAUUAUAAUAUGUACAUAUAUAAACUUAUUGGUUGAAAUCAUUAUUAAACAAGCUAACUUUAAAAAAUAAAUGUAAUUGGUUUUGUAAAAUUACGUAUUCUUAAUUCAAAUUUGAAAAUGGAACGAGCGUUGGUUGCCCGAAUAUCGCACAACACUCGCUAUAAUUUAAAUAAUAUACUAUUAUUUCUUUUUUACUUUUUUAAUACAUUAUUUUACUUGAAAAAAGAAACACUUAUAUUGUAUAUUAAUUUUAUCAAAAUAGCUUUACAAAAUCCUACAACACAAAGUAAACUUCAUUUACUGACAAACUCCCUAAAACGUCGAAAUUACUUUAUUUUUGUUUCCAUUAUCAACGAUUCAAUGCUACUAUAUACUAGCAUCACAGUCACUAUAAUUAGUUUAUUAUUUAAUUAAUAAUAUUAUAAAUAAAGACGUAUACGUCAGUGUUGCCUGAUUUUUUUUGCCAAGUCGGGAUUUGGGAAUUUUUUGAGUGAAAAAAGCGGAAUUCUUUCAUCGGCACAUCGUAAAAAACGUAUAUAAUCAAAAGUUUUAAAUAUUUAUCUUUUUAUUUGAAUUCGAAUUACGCAUUCGUGACAAUAGGUAUUAAAAAUACCUAUAAAAAUUGUAUUUUAAUAAAAAUAACACUAUGAUAUUUUAAAUCAUAUUUACCCUUAAAUAAUUGAGUCUUAUAAGUUAGUAGUUAGGCGUGGGACAUUUAAUUUUGAUUUAAAAAGCGGGACGUCCCACCAAAAUCGGGACAUCUGGCUACGCUGGUAUACAUCAUACUAUAAUAAUAAUCUUUAAUAUAAUGAAAACUAUUUUCUAACUUUCCUAAAGCAAUUAGUGCUUUUGCUACGAACGCAGUGGCCGUUCCUCCCUGUUUUUCUUAGACCAGCGGUCUAAUCCAUUAACUUUGACAUAUGUUUUUUGACAUAUACGAAAUUGACAUUCUAUGUGACAUAUGGCACCCGGUGCCUAUUAUUGGAUAUCAUACUGUAGGUUGAUGACAUAUCUCAUCUGCUGCCUAAUUCACUAUCUUUGACGUAUGCUAUACUAAUAGCAUUAACAACUGAGUCUUAGGGCCAUAAAUCAUUUCUCUAUAUCUAUCUCGCUUGCACUUAUGGGUCUUAUGGAGCCGUCUAGUGAAGGGUGUAACAAUGAAAGACAUAUUAUCGAUAAGUAAAGUUUAUUAUCGUAUCUUGUUCACAAAAUUAAAAAAAUUAACAAUAUUUGAUUUAAUAUAAUACAUAUUUCAUAUUAUAUAAUUAUUAACUAAAUAAAAUUAAUCUUCAUCUGAGUCUUCAUCAUCAGAAUCUUCGUCUUCUGCCAAAUUUAUUAUAUAUUAGUAUCCAUAGUGCGCAACGAGUAACACAUGAAUGUAUUUAUUUAAUUGCAGUAAACACAUUUAUAGCAAAAAAAAAUACGCAAUGCAAUUACAUUAGAAACCGACCAAUCAGAAUCGUCCAAAUCAUUAUUGACUCAUCAUUAGCACGUGCGCAGGUAGCCGUUUAUCGAUAAUUAGGGUGCGCAGGUAGGCGCGCUGCACAUUCCUAUCUUUUUUGACUUUUAUGACCGGACGACUCAGAUGAUAAUGCGCAUACUAUAGUUGACAUAUACGAAAUUGAGAUUUGUCAUGUUAAAAGCAUUAUUGGCGGUAGUUUCAUAUUUUUUUAUCAAUUACUCGUGAAUUUAAAAAAUUUAUUUGAGUGAUUUUUUUCUGCGCUGCGAUAAAAAAUAUAUUAAAUGUACGUUUGUUUUAUUUUAUAAUGUUAGUGUUUUAUUCGUUUCAUUAGAAUACUAUUUAUUAAUAAUUGUCAAAAUUAUUACAUAAUUCUCUUUAAUGUAAUAAUAUACCGACAUUAAGAUGGUUAGCGUUGGUAACCAGCGCGACGAUGGCUUAAAUUAUGAAUGCUAUAAUUUAUAUGAAAGUAAGUUUAUAGCAUUUUUAUUAUUAUUUUUAUAUUACAAUUUCGAAUUCGGUGGUUUCGAAAUAAAAAAAUGUACGAGUUUGUUAUAAAGUCGCGUUGGUUAGCUUAGGUAACCAUAUCAUUCCUCAAAAGCCUUAAGUCCUAAUUUUGUUUUAUAUGGUUUUUGCGAUAACAUGAAACAUGAAUAAACAAAGGUCAGAGUAUACAUUAAAAUUGUCUUCUACUACGCAUAUAAAAAAGCUUGAAAGAGUUAAGGAAUCUGCCACGUAAUACAUUGUUCACGCCUAUUAACUGUUACUUAUGAUAAUGAUUUUUAAUUUGAUGUAAUGAAUUUGAAUAUAAGAGAUCCAUGUGAAUAUUAAGUGUUAAUCUAUAAUGAAAUCAUGUUUCAUCAAUGUAAUUUUAAUAUAUCGCGAAAGUUGAGAGACUGGAAGGGCCAUUCUUUAAGUGGACGUCCUAAAUUACGUAUGCGACAUACGCGGUGCUUUAACUAUUAGCCUUUUUCCUGAAAAAAAAAACAUCAGCUAGGGGCAGCACCAGAUGGGAGUAGGUACCAGCAGCGAAGAUAAUAUUUAGUAACGAUCAUUACCAUCAAGCCAUUUAGCGUUCCGGUACGAUGCCGUGUAGAAACCGAUUCCUGUAGGGUUUCCUUUAAAAUCCAUGCAUGUUCAUUGUUGUACUGUAUCUAGAUAAAUGAUAUGAUAGAUGUCAUAGAUGAGAUACUUGAAAAGGAAACUCAUACCACGCUAUAUGAGUUUCCUUUUCGGACGGCUUACCUUCAGCAAAAUUCCAUCCUUCGCCACUGGUAGGUACAUAUAUGUUUUGGAAGUGAACUGUACUGAAAAUUACACGUAAUACUUCUAAAAAACAAAACAACAAAAUCUGCGGUAUCACUACAGUUCGUUUCAUGUGGGAUGGUGCGGGUGACAGUUCGUUUCACUCUUGAAAGUUUGCCGCGAUUCACGUUAUUAGUACCUACGUAAUAAGAACGUCAUACAUGCGACUGUCACCGUACCCAUGCUAUCUGAAAAACACUAAUAACAAAGAUGAUGGAUUAGAGUAUUGCAGAAAGCACUGACUUACUAUAUACUUGGCAACUUCGUUCGUAACACUCCCGAUGCGGGUGCAGGCCGGGGGCGUGUAGCGAUGAAUGAAAAAUCCACGACUGAUGCACCUCACUUCCCCGCACGCACGAUUUCAAACCCGCGCAGUCUUUCCCCCGUCGCCCACAUAUCAUGGGAGUGUCAUCAACAAACUUGCUAGACCAUAAUCCAUAGUAACGAUCAUUACCUAUGUUAUGCAUAGUGAGUUAUUACGGAGACCAUCUUUAAUUGCUCUCCGUGGCACAGGGGUGUAAGACCUCUGUGGUGGACUUUUCAUCUCAAAACAUUACAAUAAAUUAAUUGUAUUGAUUUCAUGCAUAUUCUGAGUAAACUAUGUUACCCUUAAUAUAUUAUUGAUGGUUGUUACCAUUCCUGUCUCUUAUGGUCCAAACUUUUUUAUGUAGAAGAAAAUUUAUGUAUAAAAUUAAAUUGACUGAUUAUUAUAUAAAUGGAGCUUUAAUUAAAUACCUGUAGUACCCGCCAUCUAUCGCUCGAUUUAAUAAAACUGUGCCAUUCCUUGUCUCUCAUAUUCUCAUGCAGCAUUCCUCAUUGUAAUUUCUAAAAUAUAUUUUAAUAAAUUGUAUUAUAAUUAAUAGUUUUACUUGAUGUUGUCAAAUGUUUGCAUGACUACUAUUUAAGUAUAUACAGAAUGAAUUUCUAAUUGAAUUAAAUUAAUAAAAUAUAAAAUACC